GUCAACUACAGAACGGAUGUGGAGUAGUUAAUAAAAGAAGGUGCAAACCCAGAGAAGCAAUAUGACCGUUGCAUUCUGCCCUCCCUGGCCUCGAUAUUACCCAACGGAUGCUCAAACAUAACACACAAUUCAAAUUUCAAAAAUUCAAAACUAAAGGCAUAAAGAGAAAGCUGCCAUCUUUCUCCCCCAAUCUUACUCCUUUCUCCCUCCUCCCCUAUGUUUCUCGAACUUAGAGCUCCCAAUUAGCCUAUCCCACACGAACCUUUCUUCUCCGCCAUAAUAAUAAUAAUAAUAAUAAUCUCUGUCCCUUUGGCUCCACCUCCACUGUUCGAAGCAUUUCAUGUUUGUAUUUCCGACAAUGGAACUGGAGAAAUUGUCAUGAAGUUUCACUUGGCUGUUUCUCCAACGGAACCAUUCUUGUCUCCGUCUUUGUUUCUUAAGGUUCAUUCAGAAUGAAGGAGGAUAACCCAUCAGAAAACAGAGGCAAACCAUCUAGGUUUGCUGAUCAAAAUCAGUAUACCAAAGGAGGCAGUGGAAAUGGUUCCAAAUUGAGGGCUGCUUCUUCCUGGGGUUCACACAUUGUGAAAGGUUUCUCCACAGACAAGAAAACUAAGGCGCAGAGCAAUCUUCAAUCCAAGAAAGCGCCACUCACCAACUCGAAUUUGGUAAAUCAGAAGGAGAAGUCUGUUCCUUCUCAUACUCGCAUCAAGCGUUCGCUUAUUGGGGAUUUAACCUGUUCGCCAAAUCCCGCUCAAGUUCAUCCACAGUCGUAUCAGACCCACCGCAGACAAUCUUCUCGAGAUUUGUUCGUAGAGCUCGAUCAACUCAGAAGUUUGCUUAACGAAUCCAAGCAGAGGGAAUUCGAACUUCAGAACGAACUUGCAGAACUUCAGCGGAAUACUAGAAAUUUUGAACUCGAGAGGGAGCUUGAGGAAAAGAAAGCUGAACUAGAGGGUCUUACUCAGAAAUUUAGUCUAUUGGAAGAAGAUAGAAGAGCCCUGUCCGAGCAAUUAGUAGCUGCAUCAUCAAUCUCUGAGAAGCCAGAAGAGCCGCAGACUGCACCUCUAAACGUGGAAGUGGAAGUUGUUGAGUUGAGACGCUUGAAUAAGGAACUUCAACUCCAGAAGAGGAAUCUUGCUUGCAGGCUUUCUUCUGUGGAAUCUGAGCUCGCUUGUCUAGCAAAGAAUUCUGAGAGCGAAGCUGUUGCAAAGAUUAAAGCAGAGGCAUCUUUGCUGAGACACACAAAUGAAGAUUUGUGCAAGCAAGUUGAAGGUCUGCAGAUGAGCAGAUUAAAUGAGGUUGAGGAACUUGCAUACCUUAGGUGGGUCAAUUCCUGUUUGAGGAGUGAGCUUCGCAACUCGUGCCCCUCAGCAAAUUCUGAUAGCCCAUCCAGCCCUCGGGCAAUGGAGAGGAGUAGUGAACCUGUUGAAUCACUAUCGAGCCAAAAGGAACACAUGGAUUACAAUAAUGCAAAGAGAAUAAACGCAAUUAAGAAGUUGAAGAAAUGGCCUAUUACUGAUGAGGACUUGUCUAACUUAGACUGCUCGGAUAAUAAUAAUAGUCUUUUAGGCAAAAAUUGGGUUGAUACAGAGGAAGAAAGAAGCCCCAGAAGAAGACACUCCAUUAGUGGAGCCAAAUGCUGGCCUGAAGAAUUGGAGCCAAACAAGAGGAGGCAAUCUGAUGGCUUCAUAUGUGCAAAAGAGUUGGAAAAAGAAGCAGAUACUCUUUCCUCUCAGAAAUAUGAUUUGGGCGUUAUUCAAAGGCCUCAUAUUUUGGAAAAUAGCCAUGAAACUAACAGGAAUUUUGCCUCUUUAGAUGUGGAGAAACGAGCCUUGCGCAUACCGAAUCCCCCUCCGAGGCCUUCCUGCUCCAUUUCUAGUGAACCUAAAGAAGAAAACACAGGUCGAGUCCCACCACCUCUGCCGCCGCCUCCUCCACCCCCUCCUCUUCUUCCAAAGUUCGCUGCGAGGAGCUCCACGGGAAUGGUACAACGAGCUCCACAAGUGGUUGAAUUCUACCAUUCACUUAUGAAGAGAGAUUCUAGAAAAGAUUCUUCCAAUGGAGCCAUAUGCAAUGUUCCAGAUGUUUCAAAUGUCCGGAGCAGCAUGAUUGGGGAAAUUGAGAAUCGAUCAUCUCAUUUGCUUGCUAUUAAGGCAGAUAUUGAGACCCAGGGAGAGUUUGUAAAUUCACUGAUAAGAGAGGUCAACAAUGCAGUUUAUCUGAAGAUUGAAGAUGUAGUGGCAUUUGUGAAGUGGCUUGAUGAUGAACUUUGCUUUCUGGUGGAUGAAAGGGCAGUUCUGAAGCACUUCGAUUGGCCAGAGAGAAAGGCCGACACAUUGCGAGAAGCAGCGUUUGGGUACAGAGAUCUAAAGAAAUUGGAGUGUGAAAUCUCAGCCUACAAAGAUGAUCCCCGAUUGCCUUGUGAAAUUGCUCUCAAGAAAAUGGUUACUUUAUCAGAGAAGAUGGAGCGUAGUAGUUACAACCUUCUCCGGAUGAGAGAAUCUUUGAUGCGAAAUUGCAAAGAGUUCCAAAUUCCCAUAGAUUGGAUGCUCGACAAUGGGAUCAUAAGCAAGAUAAAGUUGGGUUCGGUGAAGUUGGCUAAGAUGUACAUGAAGAGAGUAGCCAUGGAGCUUCAGUCAAAGAGUUCAUCAGAGAAAGAUCCCGCAAUGGAUUACAUGCUUCUUCAAGGAGUGAGAUAUGCGUUUAGAAUUCAUCAGUUUGCAGGAGGCUUCGAUGCAGAAACAAUGCAUGCAUUUGAGGAUCUGCGGAACUUGGCAAACCUUCUCAACAAGAAGUGAAAGUUACAGGACAGGGCAUUGAGUGACAUCGGUUAAUUUUGGUUUACUAACUCGGUAAGCAGCUAGCCAGCCACCAUGCUCAUGCUGGCAAUACAUUAAUCAAGUCAAGAGGUCAUGAGUCAUGAGUGGUGUUCAUUUUUCCUCUUAUGGGACAUUUUUGGAUUUGGAACUUAGAGCUGCUGGUAAACUAGGGAGCUUUGGUCUUACCCAAUCAGAUAGAUCUUCAAUGAACUAUAUUUUUGUC